UCUGUCUGAACCUGCUACGGGAGACGCCUCGAACCGCCAUGGACAACAUCACGCCUAUACGCUUUUAUUCUGAGUGGAAUGAGUCAUCAGGAGGAUCUGCGGCGACACCGCUCCUCACAUCGCGCACUUUUUGCGUCGUUUAAUUAUUUAUUUUUCAGCGGCACCUUUACGUCUUCUCCUUUUUGUUUAUAGAUUUCCUUUUUCUAGUCUUGUGUCUGUCGGAUAUUUUCUACUGAUGGCCAAUACAUUCCGAUCGACUCAUGUAUUGAUGCUGCUCGUCAUGGCCUGGGUGAAGAGCGCACGCGGCAGUGAGCUCACAGAAAAUGACGUAACCGUGGACCCCCCCGAGAACCUCCGUGUUUCUGACUCUGGUCGCCUUGGAUACCUGGAUAUCACCUGGAACCCACCAGCCAGCCUGAUGACCAUGACAAUGUGCAACAUACAGUAUCAGCUGGAAUACCUGGACACAUUCAAAAACACAUGGGCUGUCCUCAGGACAAGUGGGAGGAGCUACAGUGCAGAGUUUGACCUGACUAAAGAAGUUAGAGUGAGAGCCUACACCUUGCUGAAUGGACUCUGCACCAACAACGUGCUGCAAAGGAGUGAAAACUACACUGCGCUGAUUCAGAAACCUGCCAGCUCAGGACUUACAGGGACAGAAGCGAAGGAUUUUGAGUGUGUGUACCACAACAUGGAAUGGGUAGAGUGCAGCUGGACAAGAAGCCCUCAAACGCCACUGGAUGCACAGCAAAAUCUGUAUUUCUGGUACAAACCCCUGGAGCAGGCUGCUGAAUGCCCAGAGUACAUCCUGUCAGGUGGAAUCAGAUCCAGCUGCAGAUUCACAGGAAAUUCUCUCCCAGAGUUCUCUGAUAUCAUCUUCUGUGUGAAUGGCUCCUCUCCUGAAGGACCUCUGAAGGCCACGUUUACCUCCCUGCAGAUCCAAAACCACUUGAAACCUGCGACCACAGAUAAGCUGCAUCUGCAGACAAGUUCAGACGAGCAGCUGGAGCUGCUCUGGGAGAAUCCGGUGGAAAGGCUUCCUGGAUACUGUCUGGAAUGGGAAGUGGAACAUGCUCAGGACAAACCUGAUGGAACAACCAUGCUGGGAGUCAUUCACACCACACAGACCACUCUGAAGCUGCUUCCCACCCUCAGCGAGGACAGAAACUGCUACAAGGUUCGCUCCAAACUGAGCAAAUACUGUGCUGAUAAAAGCCUUUGGAGUGACUGGAGUCAUGAAAAAUGCUACCCAGCUGUUGAGGAAGUUGCACCCAAGCCGAAAUCGGACCUGCUACCAGUUUACGUCUGCAUCGCUGCUGCCUUCGUCCUCUUGCUGGCGGUGCCUCUGUGUGUGUGGGCUUCAACAAAAAUGAAUAAAUCAAGAGAAGAGAAGAAGUUGAAGUCUCUGAUCACCAAUCUGGUUGCAAAGACCUUCAGGGGACAGAAUGUGUGCAACGACACAAUGAUCUGAGACCGUGUGUGUGUGUGUGUGUGUGUGUGUGUGUGUGUGUGUGUGUGUGUGUGUGUGUGUGUGUCCUCCAGUUAUGCACUGCCACUAGCUUGCCCCUCAGGUUUUCCCUGAGACUAUAACCACACUGAGCAACAUGGUACAUGUGCAGUAACCUAUACCAGCCUAUAAUAACCAGCUGCUUUUACAUAUUUACUAAUAUUUACAGUUCUAAUGGAUUCAUGUAGCUUGAACCCUUGCCAGAACUGGAGGAGUGUUUAGGAAAAGGGUUCAACAUGGUGUUUACUUUUCGACACAUACUGGUUUCAGAUAAUAACCAUUUAGUUUUACACAUUUUAGUUUUUUAACCACAGGGAAAAUGAUUUACAGUAACUUGCCAGAGUUUUGUUUCAUUUUAAACGUUGUUGAGUAUUAAUAAUAUUAUAUACAUCUAUUUUAUUUAAUCCUGUUAUUUAAUAUAUGAAGUUGUGCCUCAGUUCUUGCCAGGGCGUUUUAAGC